GCACGUGACCGCACGUUUCUCCGCACGGAUUGCCGGUCAACGAAGGAAAAUUCGGUCAUGGUUUAGUAUUUGUUCACGGAAUUUAUCGGUUUUCAUGUGUGCGGACUUUGGCGAGCGCAUCUCGAGACAAUGACGCUCUUCUACUUGCCCGGCACCGCUAGUCUAUUGGAAGAGCUUGACAAGAAGCUUCUCGUGUUCCUGCGCGACGGACGCACCCUGAUCGGCUACCUGCGGAGCAUAGACCAGUUCGCAAACUUGGUGCUGCACCAGACAAUCGAAAGGAUACACGUGGGCCGGCAGUACGGAGACAUACCGCGCGGCAUCUUCGUCAUACGCGGCGACAACGUCGUGUUGCUCGGUGAGAUCGACGAGGACAAGGAGAAGGACGCCGACCUGGAAGAAGUGAGCGUCGAAGACAUACUCGAGGUGCAGCGCAUCGAAGCUGACGCCAAGCAGGAGCUGGAAAGGCAGAGGGCGAAGGCCAUGAAGGACCGGGGACUGCACUAUCACCAGGAGAUCACUCACGACGAUUACUGAUGACUUAACUAAUAUCCGUGCGCGCGCUCGCCGGCAGCGAGCGUGUUUGUGCGCGCAGCCGUUUCGUUGCGAUGUAUAAUUAAGAACACGCUUGUUUUUUUCAUUUUUUUUUAAGACUCACGAACGACAGCUCAAGUUCGUUGUUAAAACGUGGCGCGCGAUAGUUUCGUUUUUGCGUGAAUAAAGAUUUCAUUCAGUCAUAA